UGUAACCGGGAUGUGAUUGUCUUGCAGCCGCACAGCUGGCAGCCGGGGAUCAACAACCCGUACAGAGGCGCGGUGGUGUGGCCCGCACCAGAGAACGUGGAGAUCACAGUCACACUCUACAAGGACCCUCUCGCUGAGGAGUUUGAAGAGAAAGAAUGGACAUUUGUAAUUGAGAAUGAGAGCAAGGGACGUCGAAAGGUGUUGGCAUCGGCUGACAUCAGCAUGAGGCGCUACGCCACGCCAAUGCCCACUGCCACCGAUGUCAGGCUGCAGCUCAAGCCCCUCUCUGUAAAGGUGGUCUCCUCCUCUCUCCAGUUCUCUCUCUCCUGCGUCUUUCUGCAGGAAGGUCGGGCAACGGAUGAGGACAUGCAGAGCCUGGCCAGCCUGAUGAGCGUGAAGCAGAGCGAUGUGGGGAACCUGGAGGACUUUGCGGGCGAUAGUGAGGAGGAGGACUGGGACAAGCGGCGCUCCUGGCCCGACGAGAGGGCUGGCAAGUUGGCGGGUUUUAAGUACGUCUUUAAGCCGGAACAGUGGCGAGACAUCAACGAACCCCUUGGAGUUUUACGAGAGGAAGAGGAGGAUUACACCCCGACCAUUCGACGAGUCACCAGAACCAAGUCCGUCCCAGGCAAGAGGUCCACGUCCGUGCGAGAGGCACCGUUCACCUCUGGCGGUCCCCAGCCCAGCCGCCACACCACCGCGGGCGCUACACCGUACGACCGCACUGACGCCCCGGCCUUCCCCCGUGUCAAGAGCCACAGUGUGCGGAAAGCUGCGAGGAGGCAUUUUGCCGCCGAGGGGAGGGCGAUUGGCCCGCCGGGGGGUCAGGACGCCGACUCCCAGACCACCCUGGACGGGGCAGGGUCCACCACAGGCCAGCAGCAGCCAAUGGCGGUCCCCGAAACAUCAGACGUGCAAGAUGACCGGCGGCUGGAUGUCACGCAGGUUCCCAUUGGCCGUCCAGAAGAGGGGGUUGCCGAGGGCAACGCGGCGAAGAUGGCGAGACCACUGCCCGCUCCCCGGCUGAAGAAACGCCGGAGCGACUCGGACUUCGCCGCGCCGGACGCCGGCCCGUCUGGGACCACGGUCGCACCCUCGCUCCCGCCCGCAUCGCCGACCGGCAACACCGCGCUGGCACCGGGACCCUGGUCGGCAGACGGCAACACCGCUACGCCAUCGCUCAACGCAAGCCCCGUCCCCACCGCCAAGAUGGAGUCCACCAGUGAGAAGAUGCCAGAGGAACUCGCACAACCCAGCCCCUGUGGUGACCCCAGCCCGGUCCACGCCAGCCGCUGCCUGCUCGACUGGUGCCGGGAGGUGACCAAGGACUACGGGCGGCUGAAGAUCACCAACUUCACCACCUCGUGGAGGAACGGCCUGGCCUUCUGCGCCAUCCUGCACCACUUCCACCCGGAGCUCAUUGAUUACGCCUCCCUGGAUACACAAGACAUCAAAGGCAACAACAGGAAGGCGUUCAGUGGGCUGAGUUUGCUGGGCGUGGGGCGGCUGCUGGACCCGGCGGACAUGGCGGUGCUGGCGGUGCCGGACAAGCUGAUGGUGAUGACGUACCUGAGCCAGGUGCGGGCCCGGUUCACGGGCGGGGAGUUGCGGCUGGUGGGGCCACGCGAGGCCGGGGGCCGCUCCGCCUACAGACUGGGCCGCGCCGACCCUGAGCCCGACCCCGACACCCCGGUCUUCCUCCCCCCCGGCCCGGAGCUCCCCGCCCUCCCCGUCCUCCCCGUCCUCCCCGUCCUCCCCGUCCUCAUCCCCGUCUCCAUCCCCGCCCUCAUCCCCGUCUCCGUCCCCAUCCCGGGGCCUCUCGCCCCCGCCCGGCCCAAGCGCGAGGCCCUCAAGCGGAGCGGCUUCUCCCCGCCGGCCAGGCCCGUCCCGGAGCACCACGGGAGGAAGGUCACGCUAGGGGACGAUGGGAAGAAGGUCACCGGCGAUGCACAGGACGCUGGGAGGCAGGUCACGGCCGCGAAGGAUGCUGGGAUGAAGGUCACCGGCGAUGCACAGGACGCUGGGAGGCAGGUCACGGCCGCGAAGGAUGCUGGGAUGAAGGUCACACUCGAUGCGCAGGAUGCUGGGAGGCAGGUCAUUGCUGUGAAGGAUGCUGGGAUGAAGGUCACUGUCGAUGCAAAGGGUCCUGGGAGGACAAUCACACUCGAUGCACAGGAUGCUGGGAGGCAGGUCGCGGCCGUGAAGGAUGCUGGGAUGAAGGUCACACUCGAUGCGCAGGAUGCUGGGAGGCAGGUCGUAGCCGUGAAGGAUGCUGGGAUGAAGGUCGUCGAGGGGGCUGCUGAUAAGGAGCCUGGGAGGAAGGUCACCGCGGAGGUGGUACUCGACGCUAAGGAUGCUGGGCAGGAGGUCAUAGACGAGGCAAGGGAUCGUGGGAAGAAGGUCGCUGCGGCAGCAAAGGAUGAGGGAGAGCGGGUCACAGACGAUGUGAAGCCGGGCGCAGUCGCAGUCAAUGACCACGGGUCGCCGGAGGAUCAAGCGGCGGCGGAGCAGGAAACCGCUGCAUCGCCCGCCCUGAUGGAUAAUAAAACGAGGGUCGCUCCAGCGGAGCGGGACAGUGGGACUGGGCGGACGCCUGCAAACGCGGAGUCCGUCAGCCCUCCCCGCGAGGACAAUGGGAAGAAGGUCAUCAGCGGGUUGCCAGGGGAACCUGGUGCAGGGAAUGCCGGGAGGAAGGUCGUGGUGGCGGCGUUGCCAGGGAAACCUGUGGUGAAGCAGGAGGAGGAGUCUGGGAGGAAAGGCGCCAUUGAACCCCCAGCGGAGGAUGCUGGGAGACGUAUCUCCCCGGUGGAUUAUGGGAAGGAGGUCGCCGGGGAGUCACCGUGGGAACUUGCCGCUGAGGACGCUGGGAGGAAGGUCUCUGUAGCAGAGGAUGAUGGGAAGAAGGCCGCGGUUGAACCUGCCGCUGAGGCCGCCGGGAGGAAGGUAGUCGGGGAGUUGCUAUGGGAACCAGCCGCUAAGGACGCUGGGAGGAAGGUCACGGCGGCCCUGGACAAUGGCGACGGGGCCGAGGAGCAGCAGCAGCGGCAACAACAACAGCGGCCGCGGUCGCCCGGGAGCCCCCCGGUUGGAGCCGGUGUCGGUGCUGGGUUCAGGCCCAGGCCGCAGCGCUCGCUGUCGGCGGAGAGCCGCUCCUCGAGCCGCUCCGGCUUCUCCCAUCUCCGGGACGCCGACCUGGUGAAGAAGAAGCGGGCGCGGCGGCGCAGUAGCUCCAUGGACGAGCCGGCGGUGGACGGCGGGCCCGGCCCUGGACCGGCACAGGGGGCAGGAACCGGCACUGAGCAGCUGGAUGUGGGCGAGGUGCAGAUCGAGAUCUGCCAUGAACCCGUCGCCAGGCUCGCGAUGCCCGGGCAGGGCAGGUGCCAGCCGAGCGCAGACCAACGCCUCGAGGUGAAGCGGCAGAGAUCGUUGCCGGAGCCGCAGAUCUACGAGAAGGAGAACGUGCCUGAGACCAAGGGGGGUGAAGAGACUCCGGUAGGUGGCAUUACUGGGGCAUCUCCGCAUCCCUGGGCUGGCACUGCCACUGAGCGGUUCCGUGACAUCAGUCAGUACGUGCUGGGGGAGCUCAGCGCGCUGGAGAGCGAGCAGCGGCAGAUCGACACCCGCGCCGCCGUGGUGGAGAAGGAACUGCGGCACCUGAUGGCAGCCGGAACUAGCCGGGUGGAGGAGGAGCUGCUGAUCCAGGAGUGGUUCGUGCUGGUGAACAAGAAGAACGCUCUGAUCCGCCGCCAGGACCAGCUGCAGCUGCUAGAGGAGGAACAAGACCUGGAACGGAGGUUUGAGCUGCUGAACCGGGAACUCCGUGCAAUGUUGGCCAUCGAAGAGUGGAAGAAGACGGAGGCCCAGCAGCGGAGGGAGCGCCUGUUGCUGGAGGAGCUGGUGACCCUGGUCAACCAGCGCGACACCCUGGUGCGGGACCUGGACGCCAAGGAGAGAUUUGCGGAGGAGGAGGAUGCGCGUUUGGAGCGUGGUCUGGAGCACCAGCGCCGCAGGAGCAGCCGCCGGGAGAAGUGCGUGGUGAGCUGACAGGCGGCGGAGCCAGGGCCGGGACGAUACAGGACGGAAUUUGACGCCUGGCAUCGCUUCACCGGGCCUCUGCCAUGUGUCCCGUUCUACCCCCUCUCCCCCCACCCUCCCCGCGCUUACACCCAAGGUCAGGACCGACGUUGCAUGAAAAUAUUUGAGUCGCCGAGCCCGCCAAUCCGCGCUGAACCUUCACGCUAAAGAGCGUUUUAUUAUAAGUUUUAGUUUUAGAGAUACAGCGCGGAAACAGGCCCUUCGACCCACCGUGUCCGUGCCGACCAGCGAUCGCCCGCACACUGACGCUAUCCUACUCACUCACACGCUCACUCACUCUCACACACUCUCUCACUCACUCACACUCACACACACACAUACACACACACACUCACACACACGCACUCACACACACUUGGGACAAUUCACACUUAUUCCAAGCCAGUUAACCUACAAACCUGGUUCACCAUUGGGGUACAGUCAGUGAUUCUCUGUGUGUCUUCCUGAGCCAACCCAAGGUUUUGGCAGCUGCAGCCACACAGCGCCAAAGACCUGGGUUCGAUCCUGACCUCUGGUGCUGCCUGUAUCUAGUGUGUGUGUGAGUGCAUGCGUAGUUUGCACGUUCUCCCCGUGACACCUCCCUGGGAUGCUCCCAGUUUCCUUCCGCGUCCCCAGGACGUGCAGGCAUAGAAACCUGGAAAAUAGAAGCAGGAGUAGGCCAUUUGGCCCUUCGAGCCAGCACUGCCAUUCAAUAUGAUCAUGGCUGAUCAUCCACACUCAGUACCCCGUUCCUGCUUUCUCCCCCAUAUCCCUUGAUUCCGUUAGCCCUAAAAGCUAAAUCUAACUCUCUCUUGAAAACAUCCAGUGAAUUGGCCUCCACUGCCUUCUGUGGCAGAGAAUUCCACAGAUUCACAACUCUCUGGGUGUAAAAGUUUUUCCUCAUCUCAGUCCUAAAUGUCCGACCCCUUAUUCUUAAACUGUGUGACCCCCUGGUUCUGGACUCCCCACAAAAUGAUGAACAUUUUUCCAGCAUCCAGCCUGUCCAGUCCUUUAAGAAUGUUAUAUGUUUCUAUAAAAGGGUUUGCAGGUUAAUCUGUAAGAUUGCCCCCCCUGGUGUGUGAAGGGAGCGCCUGAGAAAAGUAGGCUAACGUCGAAUUAGCGGGUGAGCGGGCAACGGGUGGACAGCAAGGACUUGGUGGGCCGAAUGGCCUGUUUCCGUGUCGUAUCUCUCUAAACUCUUGAAGCUUGAAGGGGUGUAAAGCGUUUGGGGAUGUGGGUGCAUGGUGUGGCCGGGGGCAGAUCGAGGUGGUCUCGGGAGUCCUGAGAGGUGACCUCGAGUGGAGUUGCUCGUCGCCAAGUGGUCGAGCCAGGAGUUUGCUUUGAAUGUCUUCCCUUUUUCGUUAUUGCACUAUUCGUGAUAUGCUGUUUGGAAUUAAAAGCCAUGCCAAAGAAA